AUGCCUGGCUCCCCCGCUUCUUCCUGGGCCGUCUAUCGUGCGCGCUUGAAGGCUGUCUUCCACGGCGCUGAUCCACGCGUAUGCGCCGCCUUUUGGUUGUUCGGCCUCAUCAACAAUGUCCUCUACGUAAUCAUCCUCUCCGCUGCUCUCGACCUCGUUGGUCCAAAUGUCCCCAAAGGCGCCGUACUUCUAGCCGAUGUUAUCCCUUCGUUCCUGACAAAACUAUGCGCCCCAUACUUCAUACACAAGAUCCCAUACACUGUUCGCAUCCUCAUAUUCGUCGCUCUCUCGGCAUGCGGCAUGCUCAUCAUCGCCCUCACCCCUCCGCUGCAGGACUCGAGGACCAUUGCCAUCAAGAUGUGUGGAGUGAUGCUUGCCAGUCUGAGCAGUGGGGGUGGUGAACUGAGCUUCCUUGGCCUAACACAUUACUAUGGUCACUUUGCUCUGGCUUCUUGGGGCUCAGGUACUGGCGGCGCAGGUCUAAUCGGCGCUGGAGCGUAUGCCAUCGCGACCAACACGCUGGGCAUUACCCCUCGCACAAGUCUACUUGUCUUUUCUUUCCUGCCGCUAAUCAUGGUCUUGAGUUUCUUCGUCAUACUCCCACUUGGGCCGCUGCGUGCUGGCGCUCCGAAACAAGGCGGUUACGAAGCCAUCGAUAAUCAAGGGGACGACGAGGAAGACGAGGUUGCCCAGGCGCAUGAACAAGACGAUCUGCUGACUUCCUCCAUGCAUUCAGCUUCAGGGCGCAGCUUCAUUUCCGUCAAUAAUAAGGGUGCUAACAGUGCACUGAGUAGCUUCCGGGCCAACCUCAACCGGGCGCGAGGAUUGUUCUUCCCGUACAUGUUGCCUCUACUCCUCGUCUACAUUGCUGAGUACACCAUCAACCAAGGCGUUGCACCCACUCUGCUAUUUCCCCUCGAAUCCUCCCCCUUCGACGAAUACCGUUCUUUCUACAGCACGUACAACGCCAUCUACCAGGUCGGUGUUUUCAUCUCGCGCUCCUCCACACCCUUCAUACGCAUACACCACCUAUACGUCCCAUCGUUUCUUCAAGUCGCCAAUCUCAUCAUCCUCGCCCUGCACGCCAUGUUCAAUUUCAUCCCAAGCUACUACAUCGUCUGCGUUAUUAUAUUCUGGGAAGGCCUGUUAGGCGGGUUGGUCUAUGUCAGUACCUUUGCUGAGAUUACGGAUAACGUUCCGAAAGAGGAUAGGGAAUUUAGUCUGGGUGCGACCAGUGUGAGUGAUUCUGGAGGUAUAUGCAUUGCUGGGUUCUUAGGCAUGGCGGUUGAGAUACCUAUACUCGCAUUAAUCUUCUACAAGAUGUCACCAAUCCUUAUCUACAACACUACGGGCGGGAUAAUGAGACUACUCCCGCACGAGGCUUCGAAAUAUUCCAGUAACCCACCUCAGUCUGCACCUGACGCGACAGAACUCGACACAAAUAACUCGACACUACACUCUGACACUCAGCAACAACAGGAAAUGAAGGCCGGUUUGCCGCAGUACCAUAUCAACGGUGUGGAAUUGAGAUGGAGUCCAGCCUGCAAUAUCAUCCCCCAAUAUCCCAUACGAGUUACGGGAUUAAAAGACACGAAAGAAAGCACUGUGGUUGUGAAGGAUGAGGUUGGGCUGGACCAGUUGGUCAUGCAUGUGAAAUGGAGGCGGUGUGGGAACCACCUGGAGGAAGACGGCCUUGAACCAGUCGACAUCUUCGAUGGUCUGGGUCGUGAGGAAAAACAACGGGGUGUCGUAUUUGAGGAGUACGUGAGUUGUAGAACGGAUGGGGAUUGUGAGGACGAGGACGAUGAGGAAGUAGAUGUAUUUGCGCCCAUCUUUGUCCAGGUAGACGUACUCAGUGCUACUGAUGCCGCUGUCUACGAAGAUGACGAGGACGCCGCGACGGAAGUUGACGAAAAGGUUAGCGUCCGACCUUGUGUCGGAAGGCAAUAUGACUGGCAAGUUUAG